GGCUCCCGCCAUCUUUACGCCCGGGGUCGCCGGCGCAUGCGCGUAGCGGCCUCGGCGGAGCGGUAUGCGCCGAUAGUCCGUAUUGUCCGCGUGCUGGAUACAGUCGUGUGCAGAGAUGCUGUGCCGGCUGAGCGUUAGGUGGCUGCAGCCGGGGCCUGCCCUGCAGCUCCGGGGCUUGGGCCCACCGGUCGCAUCGGCCCCCACCGGCGGCGCCAAGCCCUCCGCUCUGCCAUUGUGGGCGGUGGCAUCAGUCUCUGCAGUUGGCCCGAGCGGCGUGGGUGGCUGGUACGAAGCCCUGGCUACGUCGGCGCCGGUGCAGGGCGCCGAGGACGUGCUGCUCUUUGCGCACACCGCCUCGGGCCUGCCCUGGUGGGGCAGCAUUCUCCUCACCACCGUGGCCCUGCGCGGCGCAGUCACGCUUCCCCUGGCCGCCUACCAGCACUACAUCCUGGCCAAGGUGGAAAAUUUGCAGCCAGAAAUAAAAAACAUUGCAAGGCAUCUUAACCAAGAAGUUGCAGUUCGUGCAAAUCAGUUGGGGUGGUCCAAAAGAGCUGCCAGGCUCACUUAUCUAAAGACUACGCGGAGGCUCGUUUCAGAGCUGUAUGUUCGGGAUAACUGCCACCCUUUCAAAGCCACUGUGUUGGUCUGGAUUCAGCUUCCAAUGUGGAUAUUCAUGUCUGUUGCUCUCCGGAAUUUUAGCACAGGGGCAACACAUUCAGAAGCAGGUUUUUCUGUUCAGGAGCAGUUAGCUACCGGUGGGGUCCUAUGGUUUCCUGACCUCACUGCCCUGGAUUCCACUUGGAUUCUGCCUGUCUCCAUUGGUGUCAUCAAUUUAUUAAUAGUGGAGAUUUUUGCUCUGCAAAAUAUUGGACUGUCUCGUUUCCAGACAUAUAUUACGUACUUUGUUCGUGCAGUAUCAGUGUUGAUGAUUCCAAUUGCAGCGACAGUACCUUCAUCGCUUGUUCUCUACUGGUUAUGCUCCAGCCUCAUGGGCCUUGCACAGAACUUGCUGCUGCGUUCUCCUAGAUUCCGCCAACUUUGUCGAAUACCGUUGACCAAGUCAGAUUCAGACACUCCUUAUAAAGACCUCUUUGCUGCCUUUUAUGCCAAGUUCAUUUCAAGAAAAUGACAUACUUUCUAGUAAUUUUGAAACAAUUACAAGUUUCACUGUUAAUGUAUUUAGAAGAUUUAGAAAUUCAGAUAUGGUUUAAUUUGCUUUUUAAAAUCAUGAGCUCUGUGAAGUACUGUGGAUUAAGAUAUAAUCCAGAUAUAUUUGACAGUACUUAAAAUCUUUUAAGUGCUAAAAAUGUAGUAUGUUCAAUUAUAUAAAAGUGGGAUCAAAGUGUCGGGCCCUGUUUAUAAAAUUACAACUUGCGAGAGGUGCUAGAACGUUGGAGAACAGGACUAGAGAAGUUUUAUAAAAUAAAAGAAUCCAAAAAAAAAAAAAGAAUCCAAUGAAGUGAUUCUUAAAAUUUUGGGGGUGUGGAGGAUCAUAGACCCGUUUGAUCAUUUAAUAAAGCCAUGGUUUUCUCUUCAGAAAAGUCCUGGAACUCACAACAUGGAGGCCUUUAUUGACCCCCCCUUCUGGUAAUUCCUAGUUAAUAAGUAUUAUUCUAAUGGAACAUACAUUGAUGAUGAGUUAAUGUGUGAUUUUAAAAUGAAGAGGACUUGAGAGACAUGCAGUGGAGUGGUCCGCGCAUGGAAGAAAGUACCUAGUAGGGUAGGUAGUGUUGCUCCUCAGCCUUGCUCUGAAAGGAUACAAAGGGUGUACAUUUCCUUUCUCUAUAAUUUAAGAAGUCCGGAAUACAGAGCAUAGAACUAAGUCCUGCUAGAGCCCAAAGUAGAAAAUCGUAAGCUAAUCAUAUAGAGUAUGAAGGAACCCAAUAUCUCUGAUAAUCCUUUAAGAAAGUGAAAAACUGGUACUAGGGUCAAGGUUAUGCUAAUUGGGAGACUCCUUUAGACCUGUACACCUUGGUAUGAUAAUACAUAACAUUAAAUUGGUCUGAGGAUCUUAUAUAUUAUAAAAUUCAUAAUUUCAUAGCUUGGAAAAAAGGAUCAAAGUAAAUUUUAAAAGCUCAAAAGAUCAGGAUAGUAUUUAGCAAGUUUUAAAAAUAAUGACUGAAUACAUGAAGAUACAUUAGUUACACUAUUACUAGAAAUUAAAUAGUAGAUGAAGAAUCAUCUUAUUCAGCCAGAGAGCAUGCAUGUGAGCGUUGUGUAUUCACUCAUUAGAGAAUGUAGGUAGAUCACAUAAUUGUGAAAUAAGCUUGUUGUGCAGAAUUCUGGAGACAGAGCUGUUUGAGUCUUUCCUAUCAUCUCAAAGUACAGUAGACCCUUCUGUCUCCUAGCCCCAAAGCCACAACCAUUAAGAGCUUCAAACUGUCAGCAGCUAGAAUCCCAACAAACAGCUGAACCAGACUUCAUUAGAUAAGGACUAACAUAGCCACAGAGAGGGAAUGAUUCUGUGACUCUUGAACAUAUUAACUUGACUGUAGUCAUUUGUGGAAUACAGUUUCAAAGUAAAAAGGACUAUUAGAAAACUUUGAACUUUAUUUGGUAAUUGUAUUGCUCUUAUUAAUAUUGCAUUGCUGUUUUGGAAUUCUUAUUGUCAGGUAAAAUAUAUAAUGAUGUUUACUGGUAUAUUUGU